CACAUACGCAUACCCACUGCCAAUCUACCUUGUCUCUUGACUUUCUCCCAAAUCUACUCUGAAGAGCUGAGUGAAAGUAUAUCUUUAGAGUUGAUACUAGCUCUCUAUUCUCACGCGCAAUACUAGGACAACACGAUCUCUAUAUUCGCGAAUCAGCAACUGUACAAUUUGAUCCCAUCGCCGACAUGACUCAAGGCUGCCGUAUCCGUGCCUCUGUGCAAGCAGAUGGCGAGCCUGUGAACCAUGGCAAGGAUGAUCGACCUCCUCCACCCAAGCCUACUCAGCCUCGCGAUCCAUCUUGA